AUGGAAAACAAAACGGGCACCAGGCAGAAUAGAGGAGACAGUUUACCUAAAAGUAUUGUAACUAUAACAAGUAAUGCACAGGAAGAUAGAGUCUACACUUAUGGCGAAGCCAUUAACUUAGCGGGUAACGGCUGGUACAGCAUCGGGCUGCUGAUCACCCUGAGCACCUGCACCCUUGCCAUGGGAGUGGACAUGUUCGGCUUCUCCGUCGUGGUCAGCGGCUGCACCUGCGACUUCCUGCUGGAUAUCAGCCAGACCAGUGUGCUGCUGUCCAUGCCUUUUGUUGGUCCAAUAGUAAUGGCGUACCCCUGGGGCUACAUCUCCGACACUCAGGGUCGACGCAAGAGCCUCCUCAUAGCCAUGUGGGCGAGCUUCGUGGUGUCCACCAUCGGCGCCUUCUCUCCCAACUGGGUGGUGAUGGCAGUUCUCAAGUUUGUUAGCACUAGUCUGUGCAGCUGCGCGCAGUCAGCAUCAUACACACUGCUGGGUGAAUCUUGCGCAGAGAGAGUGAGGGAUUCCUACAUGCUAAUCAUGACCAGUGUUUUAGACUUCAGCUUAGCAGCUUACGUUGCCGUAGGCUACUGGAUCUUGAACCUCGACUUCUCUUACGACAUGGGCGUGAUGACAUUCACCCCCUGGCGUCUCCUAGCCCUCACCCUGGCUCUGCCCCUGGGUAUCGGAGCAUUAGGCACACAGUUCUUCUACGAGAGCCCCAAGUUCCUGGUCAAUGUCUCCCGGGAAGAUGAGGCUGUGGACUGCCUGAGGAAGAUUUGGAGGAGAAAUAAUGGAAAGGGGGAGAAAUAUCCUUGCAAGAAAAUAAUCCUGAAUGAAGUAGGCAAUGAUCGUCGUAAGGAUGCUUCUUUGAUGGAGUCUCUGUGGGAACAGAUAGUGCCACUGUUCAGACCCCCACUGUUAUGGAAGAGUAUUCUGUUGUACUUCUUUACUGCCGUCAUUUUUAGCACUAACAACAGCUUCUUCAUCUGGUUUCCUUACCUGGCGGAGAAGUUUUCUGAAGGCUUGAACUCCCAGGAUGCUGGCGCUGCAACUGGGAUGUGCGAAAUGAUCACCAGUAAUAGCAAUAACACUACCGAAGAUUUCGAAUGCACUUCAACAAUGGACAUCAGCCUAGUCUGGUCGAGCCUCGCGCAAGGCGUCACCUUCGUCAUCAUCAUGCUAGUCGUCACCAAGCUGGCGCACAGGAAGAAAGCGCUCAUGAUCAUAAUCAUGACCUUCUCUGCUGUCUCCUCGGUGGGAGCUGCCCUCGUGAAGGACAAUAUCACCAGCUUUAUCAUGUUCUUUGGGUUAUUGACCAAUGAGCUGUGUAUUGGGAUCAUUUAUACGUAUUUUGUUGAUAUGUAUCCUACUUCUUAUAGGGGCAUGGCAGCCUGUAUAGGCGUAAUGGUAGCUCGGCUGAGCGCACUGGGCGGGGUCAACGUCCUCGGUGCCUUCAUUAUGUCACAUUGCAGUUCCGUGUUCUACGUCUGCGGAGGACUUAUGAUGAUUGCAGCCGCAUUUGCUUGUCUGCUGCCGCCAGAUAUACGGAAAAAAUAAACCGUGUGAUACAUAUUCCAUAGUAUUUUAUUUUUAAGUAUUUUUUACUUUUGUUUUGUAAAUAAAUAAACACAGA